GAUACGAAGAACAAGAAGAAGGAGAGGAAGAAUUGUCCAUUCGAGCUGCAGUGAUCGCACCAAGGGCGGUAGCAGUGAGGGGAUCGUUGUUGAUCAUCGUCUCAACGGUAAUCGCGAUGAGAUCGAGCGAGAAAGCUCUGAUUGAUUGAAUGCGCGACGAGAGUGAGAAGGAGUGAGAUGACUUAUCGAGCAAGUGUAAAAAAAAUUCUACGAGAGAAUAAUAGAGGAAUGAGGGUACACGAAAAGAAAAUUAGGAUGAGAAAUGAGACCUCGACCGCGACAAUCUCUAUCUCUAAUCUGUAAGAAUAUGAGAUGAUCAGAAGCGGUGAGGAAGACAGUUUAUCUGGAAGUGGCGAGGGAAGUGAAGUGUCGCGAUAUGAGAACUGUUAUAAACGGAUCAAAGGAGCGCUGGAGACUAUAAUGAACCGAAGUAUAGGUGGAGACAACCGGUUCUACAAUCAAAUUGAGUAUGUGUUGUAUCGAAUUUUCGUCUUCAAGGACGUUUCCAUUGAGUCUUCAUGAGACCUGUCGGAGGUAUUCGAGGAUGAAGUUUGAGUUGUCACAGCUGAACUUCAAGCUGCUUCCCGGGCUAUGAAUGACAGUGAAGCGAGUUAUUCACAGGCUGAUGAUUAGUUUGAGACUCAGUAUACUAUCAAGGAACUUGUAUUGUGUGGAAAAGUGUAU